GAAGAAGUUCAACUUCCACAGCAGCGUCUUUAGUCUUUCCUUUUCCGGUUGCGGUGAUAGAGGGUAUGCGGCCUAAAUUUCGUCGCUUAUUUUUAGUCAAAGUAAUCUGAUGUAAUCUGUGUCUAUAUAAUAUGAAUAUCGUAUUUCAAAGACUAUAUUUCCAGUGUUAGAAAGACGUUAACACGUUGAUGAUAAUAUUUCAUGUUAUCCUAGUACUUUGUUGGAUUCGACCCUUAAGUAUCAUGCCUUCAGUAACAUUAGCCCAAUGCAGAAACGACAAAAAAAUUGCCGCUGUAGUCUUGCUGCAUUAAGUUCUUGUGUUUAAAUGGCCAAACUAAGGUGUCUUCUUCCACGUAAAAUCAUAUGUUUUCAUCUUUGAUAUUUGAUAAAUGUGUUAGGUAGCUAACGUAGCUUACUUGGUUACACUGUCUUGCGCAGUAAUGUUGACUCCAUCGGCAGGCCCCGAUACCAUUGCAUAAUGAACAAACUAGCUAGUUAAAUAUCUAGGUAGGUAGUUAUGUAAUCAAUCGGUGGAAGACGUUAUACUACUGACCUACAAUCAUGUAUUUACAGGUAUCAACAUGGUCCAGCGCCUAACUUACCGUCGUAGGUUGUCCUACAACACCGCCUCCAACAAAACUAGGCUGUAAGUAGCUAUAGCUAGCUAAUUACAUUGCAAUUCCCAUGGCUUUUUGCCAUUCUUGGUUACUGCAGUGCCUGGCUUUUCUCGUGAUCUAAACGGUUUGAUUGUUGAUAGUAAGUGGUACUGACUUGCACGUGGUUGUGUCUAGUUAGUUAUUGAUUUUAAAUAGGAAGUAGUAUUGGAAAAAUGAAUUAUGUAAGCAUGUUUUCAUCCCUCAAAAUAUUGUGGCCAACUUUGCAUAGUGUAAUGUGUAUUCCCCCACUUACAGGUCCCGGACUCCUGGUAACCGCAUUGUGUACCUGUACACCAAGAAGGUGGGCAAGGCACCCAAGUCUGCAUGCGGAAUCUGCCCUGGUAGACUGCGUGGAGUAAGUAUUGUCCCAUGUACAUCUUAUCCCACUGCAUAGUAUACAAACUGGUAUUUUUCAGGUCUGUUUCUGUUGUGGUGAAAAUGCACUACAUGACCAAACGUAUGUGGACACCUGCUUGAACAUCUCAUUCCAAAUUCAUGGGCAUUAAUAUGGAGUUGGUCCCCCCCUUUUGCUAAUAUAACAGCCUCCACUCUUCCUCGAAGGCUUUCCACUAGAUGUUGGAACAUUGCUGUGGGGACAACCUUCCAUUGAGCCACAAGAGCAUUGGUGAGGUCGUGCACUGAUUUUGGGCGAUUAGGCCCACAUUCGGCAUUUCAAUUCUUCCCAAAGGUGUUCGUUGAGGUCAGGUGUCUGUGCAGGCCAGUCAAGUUCUUAAACACUGAUAUCGACAAACCAUUUCUGUAUGGACUUCGCUUUGUGCAUGGGAGCAUUGUCAUGCUGAAAUAGGGAAGGGCAUUCCAAAAAUUGUUGCUACAAAGUUGGAAGCACAGAAUCGUCUAGAAUGUCAUUGUAUGCUGUAGCAUUAAGAUCUCUUCACUGGAACUAAGGGGCCUAGCCCGAACCAUGAAAAACAGCCCCAGACCAUUAUGCCUCCUCCACCAAACUUUACAGUUGGCACUAUGCAUUGGGGCAGGUUAGGUUCUCCUGACAUCCACCAAACCUGGAUUUGUCUGUCAGACUGCCAAAUGGUGAAGCGUGAUUCAUCACUCCAGAGAAGGCGUUUCCACUGCUCCAGAGUCCAAUGGUGGCAAACUUUACACCACACCAGCCGAUGCUUGGCAUUGCACAUGGUGAUCUUAAGCUUGUGUGCGGCUGAUCGGCCAUGGAAACCCAUUUCAUGAAGCUCCCGACGAACAGUUAUUGUGCUAACGUUGCUUCCAGAGGAAGUUUGGACUCUGCAGUGAGUGUUGCAACUGAGAACAAUUUUUACGCACUGCACGCUUCAGCGGUCCCGUUCUGAGCUUGUGGCCUACCACUUCGUGGCUGAGUCGUUGUUGCUCCACUAAUUUGAAGGGGCAUCCACGCCUCCCGAGUGGCGCAGUGGUCUAAGGCACUGUAUCGCAGUGCUAGUUGUGCCACUAGAGAUCCUGGUUUGAAUCCAGGCUCUGUCGUAGCGGGCCGCGACCGAGAGACCCAUGGGGCGGUGCACAAUGGGCCCAGCGUCGUCCAGGGUAGGGUAGGGGAGGGAAUGGCCGGCAGGGAUGUAGUUCAGUUGGUAUAUGGGUUGUCACUGGUAUAAUGUGGCCUUCUCGUUUUACUCAGUGCUGAUCUGGAGACUAAGGGUGCUUCAACCAAAACAAAUGUCUGCCGUAGUGGUGUGGGUGGGAAGAAAUUAUUUGAUAAGAAUGCGGUUUUACAUUUUCAAUUGGUUGGCAGAUACAUCAUUACUUUUCUGACACUGGGCUCAACAAUACUAAGCCCCAACUCACUGCUUCCACUGACUAUUGAGUUGCUGUGUUUUUACAUAUCAGUUUGUAUGGUUUUGAAGGCGCCCUAAGGAUGGGUGAAAGCGGUACGUUGAAUGCCCAGCCCAUCAGCUAGGCUUAUUGGCUUUCUCAUGCUUUUCUUACCUGCAGAUGAAGGAAAGUAAGGCAAACGAUGGCUCUAUUUGAAUUCUUUUGACUUUUUUCUUCUUGUGACUACCUUUUUAACUAUAAUAAUAAUAAUAUGCUAUUUAGCAGACGCUUUUAUCCAAAGCGACUUAGUCUUGCGUGCAUAAUUUUUUGUUGUUGUGUAUGGGUGGUCCCGGGGAUCGAACCCACUACCUUGGCGUUACAAGUGCCGUGCUCUACCAGCUGAGCUACAGAGGACCAAGGGAAGUGAGAAGAGGGUGGCAUUUAAUCAAACAAUCUUUAAGGAGAAGUUCACUUUAUUUGAACCUAAUCUAUUUCAGCUGUUAUAGAUGUGCCCAGACACUUUUGUAAAGGUGUUGUUUUUGGGUAACUUACUCCUCCAGCGAUAUACUUCCUCAUGCUCGUUCAGCAGUUGUAGGGGCAUAACAUGAGCAAAGGCUCCAAAAACACACAAAUACAUUGUUUAAAACUGUAACACUCUCAGUAUACUGAUGUAGAUAUGUACUGUUGUACACAUGGAUUUGUCAUCCCCAACUUUGUAUUCCAUUUUGAGCGACUCCAGUGAUCUCCUACCAACUGUGCUGCACGGGCUACACAGAAGCAGCACAGCUGGUAGGGAAAACUGCUAGUCGCACACAAUGUAAUAUAACGUUAAGGAUAGAAAUCGGAAUGACAACUUGACAUGUUUCUCAAACAAGUGAGAUUGCAAAAAGUGUCUGGGCACUUCUAACAUGCCAUAACUUUUGAUAUUUUGUUCAAAUAAAGUCAACUUUUCCUUUAACAAUGGCUGUGGCAUUUCACUUUUUCAAAAUGUCUUCUCCCAUAUCGUUUCUCCUGAACAUAAACCUGGGUUCAGGUUUUGUUAAAUCUGUGCUCACAAGCAUUUCUUUGUCUUAAAGAUCCGGGCGGUGAGACCCCAGGUCCUGAUGAGGCUCUCAAAGACAAAGAAGCACGUCAGCAGGGCCUACGGCGGUGCCAUGUGUGCCAAGUGUGUGCGUGAUAGGUAAGAAUGUAUCCCUAACACCGCCUUCUGAAGAAUCUGUCCCAAGUGUUGUGUAUAUGUCAGGUAAAAUGUGCAGUUUAUGAGAUUAAUAUCUAGCUAAAUGUGAAGGGUGAAUGACUACAACUACCCAUACUAGCGUACUACAUAAACUGCAUACUAUGUACUCAUCGUCGCAUACUAUUUAGCCCGUACCAUUUAGUAAGAAGUGGCAGCAAUUUAAGUAGCGGCUCCUGACUGCGGGUGGAUUUUUCCAAAUUUAACAGACAUGCAUCGCAUUAACCAGAAUGAUAAUGGCUAAUUUCAAUUAAUUUCUCUAAACUGAAUAUAAUAGGAAUGGAGUUGUAGGCCUACUCAGGCUGGUUAUACAGUGAGGGAAAAAAGUAUUUGAUCCCCUGCUGAUUUUGUUUGUUUGCCCACUGACAAAGACAUGAUCAGUCUAUAAUUUUAAUGGUAGGUUUAUUUGAACAGUGAGAGACAGGAUAACAACAACAAAAUCCAGAAAAACGCAUGUCAAAAAUGUUAUAAAUUGAUUUGCAUUUUAAUGAGGGAAAUAAGUAUUUGACCCCUCUGCAAAACAUGACUUAGUACUUGUUGGCAAUCACAGAGGUCAGACGUUUCUUGUAGUUGGCCACCAGGUUUGCACACAUCUCAGGAGGGAUUUUGUCCCACUCCUCUUUGCAGAUCUUCUCCAAGUCAUUAAGGUUUCGAGGCUGACGUUUGGCAACUCGAACCUUCAGCUCCCUCCACAGAUUUUCUAUGGGAUUAAGGUCUGGAGACUGGCUAGGCCACUCCAGGACCUUAAUGUGCUUCUUCUUGAGCCACUCCUUUGUUGCCUUGGCCGUGUGUUUUGGGUCAUUGUCAUGCUGGAAUACCAAUCCACAACCCAUUUUCAAUGCCCUGGCUGAGGGAAGGAGUUUCUCACCCAAGAUUUGACGAUACAUUGCCCCGUCCAUCGUCCCUUUGAUGCGGUGAAGUUGUCCUGUCCCCUUAGCAGAAAAACACCCCCAAAGCAUAAUGUUUCCACCUCCAUGUUUGACGGUGGGGAUGGUGUUCUUUGGGUCAUAGGCAGCAUUCCUCCUCCUCCAAACACAGCGAGUUGAGUUGAUACCAAAGAGCUCGAUUUUGGUCUCAUCUGACCACAACACUUUCACCCAGUUCUCCUCUGAAUCAUUCAAUGUUCAUUGGCAAACUUCAGACGGGCCUGUAUAUUUGCUUUCUUGAGCAGGGGGACCUUGCGUGCGCUGCAGGAUUUCAGUCCUUCACGGCGUAGUGUGUUACCAAUUGUUUUCUUGGUGACUAUGGUCCCAGCUGCCUUGAGAUCAUUGACAAGAUCCUCCCGUGUAGUUCUGGGCUGAUUUCUCAUGAUCAUUGCAACUCUACGAGGUGAGAUCUUGCAUGGAGCCCCAGGCCGAGGGAGAUUGACAGUUCUUUUGUGUUUCUUCCAUUUGCGAAUAAUCGCACCAACUGUUGUCACCUUCUCACCAAGCUGCUUGGCGAUGGUCUUGUAGCCCAUUCCAGCCUUGUGUAGGUCUACAAUUUUGUCCCUGACAUCCUUGGAGAGCUCUUUGGUCUUGGCCAUGGUGGAGAGUUUGGAAUCUGAUUGAUUGCUUCUGUGGACAGGUGUCUUUUUAUACAGGUAACAAGCUGAGAUUAGGAGCACUCCCUUUAAGAGUGUGCUCCUAAUCUCAGCUCGUUACCUGUAUAAAAGACAACUGGGAGCCAGAAAUCUUUCUGAUUGAGAGGGGGUCAAAUACUUAUUUCCCUCAUUAAAAUGCAAAUCAAUUUAUAACAUUUUUGACAUGCGUUUUUCUGGCUUUUUUUGUUAUUGUCUCUCACUGUUCAAAUAAACCUACCAUUACAAUUAUAGACUGAUAAUUUCUUUGUCAGUGGGAAAACAUACAAAAUCAGCAGAGGAUCAAAUACUUUUUUCCCUCACUGUAGGUAGACUAUCACGUUCAACCUAUACCGUAGCCCAUCUAUCCUAAUUUAAAGACUGAAACCAGACGCAGAUAACAUUUAAACAUUUAUUAGUAAAACCAAAGUGCUGUAACGUACAUAAAUUAAAUCUAAUUGCCUAGUACACACAAACUUUUCAAAUGUUCAAAUCAAAAGGCUAUUGUACAGAAAUGUGGACAGUCAGGUGCAUCACAAAUUCAGAACCGCUGGACAGCAACCUGAUUUAACUUAAGCACUGUCCAUUUUAGAUCAGAAUGACUGUGAAGGCUUGAUCCAUUAAUUAAAUAGGUAGCCUAGCCAACAACAAACGAUCCUUAUGUUAAAAAACGAAAGGCCUGAUUAACAUGACAUCACCACGUGUCAUGCUUGAUUGCGUUUUCCUGCUAUUCGUUGAUUUCGGUAGUGCCUCCCCAUAUCUAAUUGAUCAGCUGUUGUAAAAGCUGACAUAAGUAUGACAUCUGGGCAUUUAAAGUAUACUCAAAAAUAAUUGGUAGACUGAGUCUGUUCUUUCGACCAAUCUAUUGGUUGAAAUUGUUUAACGUAUUUUUCCCAUAGACACACCCUAUGUUUUAAUAAAAUCAACUAUAAGCACUGCGCUUGUCUGAUGCUUUAAGCGCACUGUUUAAUUAAGACACACACAUGACUCGGGAGCCCGAUGGCCACACUGUAAAAAAAAGACGGCGAAUGCCUGUGACUGGUGCAUGUUGUCUCUUCCAUGCUGCAGCAAAAAGACACCACAGCACAGCAAGUGUCUAUUGCGCUGUCCAUGCUGAAGCUCCAACGUAAUUUCAGCCAUUUAGUUUCUUUCUUGUUUCCCUUAAUGCCAAGAGUGUGCAAAGCUGUCAUCAAGGCAAAGGGUGGCUAUUUGAAGAAUCUCAAAUAUAAAAUAUUUUGAUUUGGUUAACACUUUAUUGGUUACUACAUGAUUCCAUAUGUUUUAUUUCAGAGUUUUGAUGUAUUCACUAUUCUACAAUGUAGAAAAUAGUAAAAAAAAGAAUUUUUGACCGGUAGUGUGUGUAUGUAUGUAUGUAUGUAUGUAUAUAUAUAUAUAUAUAUAUAUAUAUAUAAACUGACUGAACAGGACAGAAACCAGACACAUGCUCAUUGCUCACAUGGAGCAUGUAAAUGGUAUGAAAUAAACCAAAACUUGUUUCUCAGAAGUGUAGCAGGUUGUGAACUCUGCAAAUAACAUUUGUACUCUGAGAGAGAGACCAGUACAUUACUGUAUUACUACAUGCAUUACAUUAACAUACUUUUUUUUUUCAAAUGACCGGGGUUAACGGUAAAUUGCCUGUUUUACAAACGGUAGGUUACCACAUGAACAUUCAUAAAAGUACAUUGUGGGCCGACACUGUAUGGCCUAGGCUACUAUUCUACUUUGCGGGGAUAGCAGGGUGGCAUAUUGGCCAGGACCGGGCCUGAUUAGCGUUGACUAGUCUAUAAAUGUAAGAAAAGUUUAUCAAAUUAUACCAUGCCAGGUUGGAGCAGAUUGGAGCAUUCCAUUUGACACAUUAGCAAAAAAAUUUAAUCACGUGCCAUAGCCUAUAGCGCUCUACACCGCUGCGCAUCAGUUGGAAAAAUGUAGACAGAUUUAAGUUAGCAAAACAAUUGCUUAUCAUUAGUAAAAACUCUCGCUAUUAGGUAGUUUAUAUACAUGAAAAUGAAGUUUAUAAAAAUUACACCUAAAAUGAAUGUAUGCCUAUUUUAACUGUUUUUUGACAGUUAUUUUCAUGACUGUCUUCAUCCAUAGCCGUCAGUUACAUGGAUAUUCAAUAACCGUCACAGCCCUACUCCUGCCCCAUGGGUGGUUCUGGCUGACAGGGUUUACUUGCAUAUUGGACUAACUAUGCCAGAAAGAUGUUAUUGCUUUCAAGGCACCAGCCAGCCAUAGUUUAAUUUCUAUCCUUAACAGUUUAAGUGCAUUUUGUUUGCUUCAGCAGCUGCUGGUUAGCUUAGAAUGCUCUUGUAAAUUUAAUGUGCUAGGAUUAAAAACUACAUUCUUUACAGGUAAGUCCAAUCCUAAUGACAUCUCUCUCAAACUGAUCAGUUGUGAUUUUAAGUAGAUGGUGGUUACGUUUUAGCUGUUUUUUGUCAAAGAAUGUCACUUUGAGAUUUUUCCUGGGGUGCACUGUGAAAAGCAGUGAAACUUCCUAUGGGCAAAAAAUAAAGAUGUAGGAUGUUUCUACAAUCUGCAUUGGUCUUUGCAACAUGCAUUCAUUGGAUUUUUCGUAGUGUUGACAUUUGGUCGGUAUUUGUAAAGUAACCAUCAAUGGCAUGUCCUGAACAUCUCAAAGUUAACUGAUCCACUAACCUUCACCCUUCUGUCUACCACAGGAUCAAGCGUGCUUUCCUGAUUGAGGAGCAGAAGAUCGUUGUCAAGGUCCUUAAAGCACAGGCUCAGAGUCAGAAAUCUAAGUAAAUGUGUAUUUGUACUGCAACAUAACAAAUAAUUAAAAAUGUGUCGUGUCCUGACUCAUGGUGCAACUGUCCAUAGUAUUCCUACAUUUGAAGUUUGAGGGCAGUGUUUCUCGAUGUGGACUACCAUUUUGUAGUUUUGAAUGAGACUGAAGUUUGUAAACUGAGUGGACUACUGAACAUUGUCCUAUUGACUUUGAAAGUGUUGACACUGACAUUACAUUUAAGGAAUUGUUUUUACUCAAGCUUAGGCAGAUUACAUGAAAUAUUAAAAUGGUGUUGCAUGCGCUUGUAAUUCUGACGGUGAGCAGGCUUUUUAAAAAACAUAUUUACUAAUGUUCAGUGGCUGUUGCGGCUAUCAAGCUGGCUAAGUGUUCUAUAGGCUUUACAUUUUUGGAAUACUCUGGCUACCCACAGGAUUCUAUAUAGCAGAAAAUCUUCAUACGGUUUGAAAUAUUCCACCAGAGAAUCUGUGAAAAGAUGGAAGGGCUACCAAAGACAUUACUUUAGGGCUACCUAUCAAUGGACAGAAUGGUGUCUCAGCUAUUUGUGAUUUUGAUAGGAUUUCAUCCAAUAUACCAGAGGAUGAUGAAUGAUAUAAAUACUAACAGAGUAUUACCAAAGAUACUUUAACCUCUUUAAUCUGUCAUUAGCUACCCUUUAACUUUUUUUUUUACCCUUUUGUGGUCAGUGCUAUCUGGGAUCCUUGGGAUGUCCUUACCCUAAGCAUUGAUGUGGUGGUGAAGGAGUCAAUCACAGACGUUCCAUUGACCAGAUUGGUGCACAUUCAACAAUUCUUAUUUAACAAAGUGGAUAUUCUGCAAAUCUGUUAUUGAUGUAUUGUAACAGGCCCAC